GAAGUUGAUUCACAUGUGGGGUUAACAUAAACAUGACGUCAUUGAGUCUGUUGCUGCUUGGAUUAGCUCUUGUAGCGUUCCUGGUUGUAGGUCAACCUGACCCCCAACCGUCAGCCACACCAGAGGCUACUGUGAGAGUGCCGUCAGACAGGCUGUUGAGGAUCCUGCACCUACUCAGUGGCUUCGUGUCGGGGGUCAAGCAGGUGGAGGAGAACAAGAGGAGGAAUGUGGCGCACCCACACGCCUUGGUUGAGAGUUACCUCAUCCCCGUGUAUGUACCAGCCCUAGGACAGGUUCCUACCUUCUACGCCGAAGAGUUCGUCGACAACGUACUCAAACGUCGCCAGCUGGUGACGGUGUAUGAAGACAAGGACGCCAACAUUCGAGUGACGCCCCACAACAUCACAGUGAACCCCAGGCUACAAAGAAACGGAACCCUAGACACUGAAGUCCUGUACAACCUGACAGUGGACGACAUCACAUCCAACCACAGCUGCUCUGGUCACUAUGACGAGCCCUACGAGAAUGUCUUCGUUGGGAUCUUUCCAGAUUGUUCCAUGGGACACGAUAUGAACAACCCAAAGAUCAUCGGCGUGACCACCUGCCACUACUCACGUUACGUCAUCACAUACCAGGGGUCCAAAGAGGGUCCGAACCCCGUCCCAUACGAGCUGAACAAACUGGACGUGCCCCUUCUGCCUUACAUGAUGGCAGGGAAAGAGAACUUCACGAUUACAUGUGGACCUAAGCCUCUAGAGAGGCAGAUCCAGUGGCCUGCAUAGAACUUGUGGUUGUCAUGGUUACUCUUAGUGACCGUCAACGACAUUGUCAGUCAGUGGUCAUUGACAUCGUCAGUAAUUUGUCAUUCACCUGUUAGUGACAUGUUAUAGAUACUGGUAACCAUCAGAUUAAAAAAAAUUGUU